AGUUUCACAAUGACUGGUCGAGGAAAAGGAGGAAAAGGAUUGGGAAAGGGAGGUGCGAAGCGUCACAGGAAAGUUCUUCGCGAUAAUAUCCAAGGUAUCACUAAACCUGCGAUUCGUCGUUUGGCUCGUCGAGGUGGUGUGAAACGUAUAUCUGGAUUGAUUUACGAAGAAACUCGUGGCGUAUUAAAAGUUUUUCUGGAAAACGUUAUUCGUGAUGCAGUCACGUAUACCGAACACGCUAAGAGAAAGACUGUGACAGCCAUGGACGUUGUUUACGCUCUGAAGCGUCAAGGACGCACUCUCUAUGGAUUUGGAGGUUAAAAACUGCCAUAGGUGUAGAUCCUUCAAUUGUCUUCUGAUCAUAAAAACGGCCCUUUUCAGGGCCACAACAUUUUCUUUGACGAAUUGGAACUUUGAUACAUUACACAUGCUAUUAGUAUAUUUGUUUAGUAUACUUCAUAUUUACUUUAUUGUCUAUCUUAAAAAUUUAAUUAUCUU